AUGUCUUCUACUACUAGCAUGGAUGAGGUUGUAAAUAUACUUUGCAAAUUAAGUAUAUUACAUUGUAAAGUUUUAUUUGAAGAAGCAGAAAGAUUUGAAGAAUGGCUAAAGGAAAAAGUAAUUAAGGAUAAGGAUCCUAUAUCAACAUUUCUCGAUAUUUGGGAAUUCAUCGAUGAAGAAAAGAAACUUGUCCAGGAUUCUGAAGUGAUACCGGAUUCCUACAAAGUAUAA